AUGACCCAUCUGCUCCCCCCACACGCCGACCUCAACCUGAACCACUCUUCUCUCCAGUCCGCCCUCCAGAUCGACCCUAAUCAGCAGCCUCCUCCCGCCCAGCAGCCGCAAGCCCCGCCCCUGCAGCCGCCGCCGCAGUCGAGAAAGCGAAGAAAGGCGGACACGAACGGCGACGACGGGCCCCAUCCCGCUGAACCACGCCGGCUCCGUCGAUCUCACGAGGCGUGCGCACGAUGCAGGAGUAAGAAAAUUAAGUGCGAUUCCAAACAUCCCAGAUGCACCGCUUGUGCCACCGCCGGCACCGCAUGCCACCAAGAAGACAGGCAUCGCCAGACUCUUACGCCGCGCGGACACACCGAGCGGAUAGAACGCCAACUCCUCCAAUGUGACGCCCUCCUCAAGCGGCGCAUCCCCGACUUCAACCUCGACAGUCUGGACGAUAUAUGUUCCCGCGAAGGCAUCGAAGUUGACUCAAGCGAUAACGCCCUUUCUACCACCUUCCAGUUUGCUCAACCACCCGGCGGCGGCGGCAGCAACAGGCCCUACCCUCUGCGCACCGAGGCGCCUCCUCCGCAGCCCGGUUCUCCCCCGCGCACAUAUCCCUAUGGUCCUCCUGGUCAGCCGAUGAUGCACCACUACGGCGCUCCUCCCAUGAUGCCCUAUGGGCCCCCUCCUCCUGGAUAUGGACCCCCACCACCCCCACCACCGCACAUGGCCAUGCACGGUCCUCCUCCCCCCGGCUACAACCCCCACAUCCUUCCUGCGUUCCAACACCCGCUUCAACCCCACUCCAGCAUGCAACGCUCGCCCUCUUCGCACGACAUCCCCAAGGGCCAGGAUCCCCUUUCACACGACAUGUCUAGCACCCAAGCACUGGCCAAGAGCUUCGGUGUCCACUCGGCUAUCGUGAAUGAAGUCAAGAUGUCCGUCAUGGACAGAGAAGAUCUGGCAGUCGGCUCCGCCGGUCUCACCUCUGGCCGCGACCGCGAUGUAGGUGAGCCCUCCGCCCCACGAGAUGCCACAAAGUGGUUUUCCGUCUCCAUGCGCCGCGACAGCACCGCCGGUCACCCACCGUCUGGGCUAUCUGGCCCCGCAUCUCCUUCGUCGAACGUCCCCGUUUGGCUUCCCAAGGAUCGUACGAUGUUGCGUCGCGUCCUCGACGUCUACUUCACACGCCUCAACUUCCACCGACCCGUCUUCACCCGCAAGGAAUUCGAGCAUACGCUCGACGCGCUGUAUGAAGGUCAAACGCUGCAGCAUGACCCCGGCUAUGUGUGCAGCCUCUACCUCAUCCUCGCGUUGGGCACGCUCAGCGAGCUCAACCACCGCGUGAGCGGCAUGGAGAAGGAACGCAGCCAGAACAUGGCGAGUCCCACGACGCCCAAGAAGCUCAUGCCCGCCGACUGGCCGGAACACGAGGAGUUCUUUCAAAGCGCUCUUGCGGUCAAACCUGACCUGCGCGUCACCGUGUCCAGCCUGCAGGCGCUAAUUCUACUUCAGUGGUAUCUCUAUACCGAGCGACAAGGCCGGACGCUCUGGCGUCUUGUCGGCAGCCUCGUCAGGUUGUCGAUUGAGCUCGGGCUUCACCAUGACCCGACCUCGCAGGAUAACGUCUUUUCUGAGGAGGAAUGUCAACUGCGCAUCCGUCUGUGGGGCAUCGUGCUCGUGCAUGACCGUGGCACGUCGAUCCUACUCGGACGUCCUCUGGCCAUAGCGCCGUCCGAUUCGAACACACCGCGGCCGUCGCGGAGCAAGUCCGGGAGCAGCGACAUUUCCGAGCAUUUCGUGCUGUCCGCGCCGAUCGCGGAGAUACAGGCUGACAUUAUCAAUUCCCUGUAUACACCAACACGCCAGAGCGCGGACGCGAUUAUGCGCCAUGCGACGCGCAUCAUCAAGAGUAUGGUCGAGUUCCGCCGGCAGCUUCCUGACACAUACAAGUGGUACUUUAGUGGCACAGAGGACUGGCCCCUCGAGCGCCGCAUUCAGCUAGUGAACGAUAUUACAGAGGACCAGGGCCUCACGCUGCUCAAGAUCGGGAUUACCAGAAUUCUUCUGCUGCGUGCGCUCUUCAGUUCGAAGCAGCUGCAGUACCAUCACCGCCACCGCGCUCUUCUUGAUGCUAUCGUGAUGUCGCACAACAUUAUUAUUGUGCACAACCAGCUGAUCCGCUUCCCGGACAUCGCGUUCUUUGUCUCGCCUAUUCCAUUGCACAUUGCAGCGAUGGUAAUUCUCUUCGGGCGCAUGUCCGGCUGUGACCCUAUCCCACGGCAGGUCGCGCUGGAAGAUGUGUGGAUGGCGCUUGACAUGCUCCCAAGCUUCCGCUGGCGCUGGGAGCGCAAGGACCUCAACGGCGGGCAUCCGCUCAUUGCCAAGGUCGCCGAGAAAGUGCUGGGUGUGAACCUGCACCAAGUUGCACCGACGGCAGCGCCAAUGCUGAUGCCCGAGCAAGACUGGGAUGCGGACAGCAUCCUUUCGUCCAAGCCUCCCCCCGGCACCCAGCAGCAGGGCGUUCAGCCUCAAACGCCAACGAUGGGUCCCGCCCAGUACCCCGCUCAACAGGGCGCGUACGCGCCACCGAAUGGGGGGUCAUCGGGAACGGGGAGCCCGGGGCGUGGAGGCAAGGGUGCGCCGGGCACGCCUGCGGACAAGAAGCUGGCGGAGGUGCCCGCGGCACUGUUCUACCCGUUCUAUCCGGAGACUCAGAACAAUGCGGCGGUCGUCGCCGCGGCGGGGAACGGCGGGAACGGGGACUUCAACCACCUGCUUGCCGCGGCUGCGCAGCCGAUGAGCACGUACGGGUACCAGCCGUCUCAGGAGUCGUAUAUGCUGGAAGAAAAGGAUACGUCCGCGCCCGCAUCGUCGACUGGGAUGUUGUGGAUGAAUCACGAACAGAGGCCGAUACCUCACUUCCCAACGCAGACGCAGCAGUGA